CGGAGCAGCGAGUCCCAGGCUAGUGCGCUCCUGAAGCGGGCGGGUUACCCGGCCGAGGCUCCCCCUGCACAAGCUUCAUGGCGGCGCGGUCAGUGUCCCGGAUGCUGCGGCGGCUCUUGAGGUCCAGCUCUCGGAGCUGCAGCUCAGGGGCUCCAGUGACGCAGCCCCGCCCCGGGGAGCCCUCGCAACCUGCCGCGGAGGCACUGUCCAGGCGGAGGCAGUUUCUGCAAGAGCACACAGCCCCCUUCUCGGCCUUCCUCACUGACAGCUUUGGCCGGCAGCACAGCUACCUGCGGAUCUCCCUCACCGAGAAGUGCAACCUGCGAUGCCAGUACUGCAUGCCCGAAGAGGGUGUCCCACUGACGCCCAAGGCUGACUUGCUGACCACUGAGGAGAUCCUGACCCUGGCCCGGCUCUUUGUAAAAGAAGGUGUCGACAAGAUCCGGCUCACGGGUGGGGAGCCGCUCAUCCGGCCUGACGUGGUGGACAUCGUGGCUCGACUCAACCAGCUGGAAGGGCUGCGGACCAUCGGUGUCACCACCAACGGCAUCAACCUAGCCCGGCUGCUGCCCCAGCUUCGGAAGGCUGGUCUCAGCGCUGUCAACAUCAGCCUGGACACCCUGGUGCCAGCCAAGUUUGAGUUCAUCGUCCGCAGGAAAGGCUUUCACAAGGUCAUGGAGAGCAUCCACAAGGCCAUUGAGCUGGGCUACCGCCCCGUGAAGGUGAACUGCGUGGUGAUGCGAGGCCUGAAUGAAGAUGAGCUGCUGAACUUUGUGGCCUUGACCGAGGGACUCCCCCUGGACGUGCGCUUCAUAGAGUAUAUGCCCUUUGAUGGUAACAAGUGGAACUUUAAGAAGAUGGUCAGCUACAAGGAGAUGCUGGACACCAUCCAGCAGCAGUGGCCGGAGCUGGAGAAGGUGCCGGAGGAGGAAUCCAGCACAGCCAAGGCCUUUAAAAUCCCUGGCUUCCAAGGCCAGGUCAGCUUCAUCACGUCCAUGUCUGAGCAUUUCUGUGGGACCUGCAACCGGCUGCGAAUCACAGCAGAUGGGAACCUCAAGGUCUGCCUCUUUGGGAACUCAGAGGUAUCGCUAAGGGACUACCUGCGGGCAGGAGCCUCCGAAGAGGAGCUGUUGAGAAUCAUCGGGGCGGCAGUGGGCAGGAAGAAGCGGCAGCAUGCAGGCAUGUUCAAUAUUUCACAGAUGAAGAACCGGCCCAUGAUCCUCAUUGAGCUAUUUCCGAUGCUCCAAGAUUCCCCACCAGCCGAUCUGAACAUUUCUUCCUGGGCCCCCCUCCAUGCUUGGGGUCUGAGAUCCAGAAUGAUUUUCUCCAAUCAGAUGGUGACUUUGUGGAAAGGAUGUGGAGUCCCCCAGGCCCCUCCUCUAACCCACCAGUGGCUGGAGUCUGGCUCCCCUCAGAGACACUACAGUUCCCAUGUAGACUCAGACACCAACUCUAAGUGCCUUAGCCCAGGGUGCCAGGCUCCUGUCACCCCCUCAGGACCCUUGCCAACCUCGGACCAACUAACCCAUGUGGACUCAGAAGGACGGGCAGCUAUGGUAGAUGUCGGUGGAAAGCCGGACACAGAGCGAACGGCCGUGGCCUCAGCUGUGGUCCUCCUGGGGCCUGUGGCUUUCAAGCUCGUCCAGCAGAACCAGCUAAAGAAAGGAGAUGCCCUGGGGGUAGCCCAGCUGGCUGGAGUCCAGGCAGCCAAGCUGACCAGUCAGCUGAUUCCUCUGUGCCACCAUGUGGCUCUGAGCCAUGUCCAAGUGCAGCUGGAGCUGGACAGCACACACCAUGCUGUGGUCAUCGAAGCAUCUUGCCGGGCUCGGGGCCCCACCGGAGUGGAGAUGGAAGCCCUGACUUCAGCUGCUGUGGCUGCCCUCACCCUGUAUGACAUGUGUAAGGCAGUCAGCAGGGACAUUGUGUUAGGGGAGAUCAAACUCAUUAGCAAGACUGGGGGUCAGCGAGGGGACUUCCAUCGGGCUUAGAACUCUGGUCCUCUUUCAGCCAUGGCCCAGCCAGGUUUAAAGAUGGGAUGCAAUUUGGGCUGAAUUCUUUUGAUCCUGGUCACUGUUUACCAAUGGAAGUCUAAGGCCAUCCGUCCUACUAGGUCUGCUGCUAGAUGACCUGUAAUGACCUGUGGGCCUCCCUCAUACAGAGGGGAUGCCUAGGCCCUUACCUCUUCCAGGACUAAAGUCAUGGGAGGGGUCGCAGCGAGCAGUGCUAGAUAACAGAAAAAUCACAGUGUGUUAUUUAUGGACUAGUUCAGACAGCUGGUUUCAGGCAGUCCAGCACAUAACCUCUACUUCUCAUUUUGGGUUUUCUCUUCUACUUUUCCUGGAGAAAGAAUAAGGGCUCAUUCAGCAGAGGAACCCACUCUGAGGAGGGAAAAGCACAAGCUUGCCUAAAGAAUGUAUCACUUCUUUCCCCCAAGUCUGUGAAGUCACGGCCCUGCCUGUCCAUACUUCGCUACCACUGCUCCUUUCAAAGAGCCAGUAAUCCUCCCCUUUUGCCUGGGUCUGGGCCCCAUCAAGCUUGCAGGCUUUCGGCUUACUAAGUGCAUUGUCUUGCCAGCUCCCUGUCCUCGACCCUCCUCCUCUUACACAGGAUGCACACACGUGGGCAGCUGUCCUAAGGACUCCUCCCAACUGCACAGCCCACACGCAGCCCUGUGCACGGCCGGUGUUUGUCUGGAACAUACCAGGGACAGAAGAGAGCUGAAGAUUGCCUUCACCCCCACAGCGCUCAAAUAAAGCCACAAUGCCAAUCUGGAGA